AUGUUGUACCUUCUCGAGCAUAUCCUCUUGCACGCGCUGUGUCUUUCCCAAGCCGGUUCCUCCCGCCUUUUAUCGAACUCGCCACCCGAUAAUCUGAAGAUUCUCGAAACCAUCCACCCCAGCAAGUCACCCGUGUACAUUCUCCUGACGGGGGUGCGGCUGGAGGGGAGGGAGACGGCCAUUGGGGGGCUUUUGGCGGCCCUGGAUCCGACUUCCUCGACGUUGUACCCGGCGGAAGAUCUCCUGCGGGGCGUCCUGGCGCGCGGGAAGAUGGCAACCCAUGCGGUGGACCUCAGCGCGCCCUUGCCGGACGAUCCGAUACUACGCUUAGAGGCAAAACGGCACUUUUGGCUUGGCAAAAGCGAUGUGGGUUUCGCAAUGGCUCGCGAGGGCUUUCAGCGGUACGUUCCUUUAAUCAGUGCGGUUUGGCAGAAAAGCAUGCAAUUUCUUCGGCGAAGGCGCAUAAAUGCUGAACGCCGGGCCGCUCAACCUUCAGAUGAUGCUCAAUAA